AUGUAUAUCUCAGCACUCGCCGUCUUGGCCUUGAGCACAACGGCUCUUUCCCAUGGCAUAAUCACCAAACCAAUUCCUCGCGCCCCAGGUUCCGCAUCCCUCUCCUUCUGCGGACCGACCGUAACAAACAACAUCAAAGGCGACAACACAUCUCACGUCGAAGAUCUCCCUGAAGCAGCAGCAAAAGACAAACUUUACCAAGGUGCCGCUCUGUGCAAUCUCUGGCUCUGCCGUGGUCUCCAGUACGCCGAUAACCUCAAGAAUGUGCAGAAUUGGACCACCGGACAAGUCGUCCCAGUAGAAGUGUAUCUUAGGAUCAAGCACGCCGGUAGUGCGAAUGUUAGUAUCAUCGAUACCAAGACGAACAAAUAUGUCAAGGGAGGAGAGAAAUUGGUUUAUUGGCCGACUGGAUAUGCGGAUGAGGCUGUGAAGAAUACGCCGGCCAAUCAGACGAAAUUUGAUGUUAAGAUUCCGGAUUUGGGCGGUGCUUGCAACGUUGCUGGAGCUUGCACUCUGCAGUGGUGGUGGUAUGGAACUAAGGCCAGACAGACAUACGAGUCUUGUGUUGACUUCAAAAUCACCGAUCCAGUUGUUCCUGUGAUUCCCCCUGUCAAGUCUAGGUUCAAUAGGAAUUAG